AUGUCUUUUCUAGACAUGCAGCAGCAGCGCCUGCUGCUGCUGCCGCUGCUGCUGCUGCUGCUGCUGCUGCUGCUCAACGACACUGCUGCAAGGCCAGCAAGAGGGUCCUUCUCGUCUACUACGAGCCGCCGCAGCCCAGCAGCAGCAGCAGCAGCAGCACCUGCAGCAGCAGCAGCAGCAGCAGCACCAGCAGCAGCAGCAGCAGCAGCAGAUCCUCUAUUUGACUUGGACGUUGUUCCUGCAGCAGUGCAUGCAUUCUUGCAGCAAGAAACCAGCAGCAGCAACAGCAGCAGCAGCAGCAGCAGCAGCACGAAGCUCGUUGCUGCUGUUGGCAGCAACAGCGCAGCAACGCAGCAGGCAGUUUACUCUCUAAUGUAUGAGGAGCUGGAGCACCGGCUGCGGCGGCUGCAGCGCAUGCAGCAGCAGCAGCAGCCGCAGCACCAGCUGCUGCUGCUGCAGCAGCAGCAAGAGGAACAGGCUGGCUCUCUCGCUGCUAUGAAAAAGCUGCGAAAUGCCAUGGCUCGACUGUCUCUGCUGCAGCAGCAACAUCAGCAGCAGCAGCUGCAGCAGCAGCAGCAGCAGCAGCAGCAGCAGCAGCAGCAGCAGCAGGAUGGUGGUGACGCUACCUCUUCGACGCCUGAGGCAGCAGACACUGCAGCAAACCAACAGCAGCAGCAGCAGCAGCAGGAAGAGCAGCAGCAGCAGCAGCAGCAGCAGCAGCAGCACGGAGGCAUGGUAUUCUUGCGGCAGUAUCUAUCAUGGGCAACAGCGGACGAGGCUCUGAAGGCAGCACAAGAGCAGCAGCAGCAGCAGCAGCAGCAGCAGGAGCAAUCUGCUUCAUCAUCUGCAGCAGCAGCAGCAGCAGCAGCAGCAGCAGCAACAGCAGCAACAGAUGAAUCUCCUCAUCACCACUUCCCUGGGGUGCGAGAGGCUCGUUUGACAGCAGCAGCCGAAGCAGCAGAGAGCAGCAGCAGCAGCAGCAAAGGCCGCAGCAGCAGCAGCAGCAGCAGCAGCAGGAGCAGCAAAGUAGCGGGGCUGCCUGCUGCGCAUGCACGCAGAGACGUGGAGACAGUACUCGCGCAGACAGCACUGAGCUCUGCUUUCUCUGGGGACCGCAUGCGGAGACAGUCUCUGCUGCUGCGGGGAAAAGGAGACACAUAUACAGCGGGUUAUGUUCUAGCUGACUCUUGUAUUGCUGUUGACUUCAGAAACACCAUACAACGAGCUGCUGCUGCUGCUGCUGCUGCUGCUGCUGCUGCUGCUGGUGAUGGUGGUGAUGGCGGUGGUGGUGGUGGUGGUGAUGAUGCAGCAGCAGCAGACGGAGCAGCAUAUGUGGAGACACGUGCUGGUUCCGGGGCCACAGCAGCAGCAGCAGCAGCAGCAGCAGCAGCAGCAGCAGCAGCAGCAGCAGGUAGACUUGGGGGGAGAUAUAACAGCAAAGACAACAGCUGCAGCUGUCCCUCUGGCUGGCUGCCCUGCACGCGGGACGAGGCCCUCAGCUCCUCGUAUGGAUGGAGACAGACACUGCAGCGUGUGUGUGCUGAGCAGCAGCAGCAGCAGCAGCAGCAGCAGGAGCAGCAGGAGCAGCAGGAGCAGCAGCAGGAUCUGCAGCAGCAGCUGCAGCAGGAUCUGCAGCAGCUGCAGCAGCAGCAGCAGCAGCAGCAGCAGCAGCAAAUAGUUAUAAGAGCUUAUACAAAGGGACUAUACUCAUACGACUGCAGCGGCAACCAACUGUCUCCUCCCGCUGCAGCAGAAGGAGACAGCACCUGUGCUGCUGCUGCUCUUGUAUUAUGUAGAGAAGAACAACCACGAUGCGGACUCAGUGAAUGGUGCUAA